CCGCGCUCCUAUCCUUUAACCACUGCAGGCGUUCCAUCGUGGCGCUCCCGUUUUGCUCUCCAGCUUCGGUGACUGCAAAUUCCUUUCCUUCUCCGCGGUCCUUGCAUCUGGGCUAACUAGGAUAGCGGCGAUCAAAGAGAGAUACUUUACACCGUUUAUGGCCGCCUUGUAAUUUAAUCCUUGACUGCCUGAGUGGUGCCAUCACUUCCCCCCCCCCCAAAAAAAAUUCCCACUGCCAAUCCCUGGGCAGUUUUUUCCAACUUCCUCUCAGUUCAAUUACAGCCAUUCAGAUAUUUCCCCCGGAAGAAAGUGAUUGAACGAGCCAGGAAAUGUUUCGUAUCUUAGUGGAGACGGUGCUGACCCCAGAAUCAAAGGAGGAAGCUGUGGAUUCGGUAGGGGGCCUUGAGGCAGUGGAGGCUCGCAGCCCUGGUGGCGAACACUGGGAAAAAAAUGUCAACAAAAUUCUGGGGGAAGAGAAAGGCAACUCCUACGUCCAGCGUCAACAUUUCAGGCAGUUCCGCUACCGGAAGUGCGCUGGGCCCCGCACGGUUUACAGCCAGCUUCAUGAUCUCUGCUGCCAAUGGCUGAAGCCAGGAGAGCAUACGAAAGCUGAGAUCCUGGACCUGGUGGUCCUGGAGCAGUUCUUGACUAUCCUCCCUCCCGACAUGAAGACCUGGAUCAGGGAAUGUGGCGCGGAGACCUGUUCCCAGGCGGUGGCCCUGGCCGAAGGCUUCCUCUUGAGCCAAAUGGAGGACAAGAAGCCGAAAAUCCAGGGUCUGUUUGUGGAUAACGAUUUCCCCCAAAUUAAGAAGGCGGCUCCCUCAGAUGAAGGACAGAGACAGUUCUUCAAGCAGAUCUUAGAGAACGAAGAUGCCGUAUUGCAGGGCAAUGAGAAAUCCCUGGCGAGGGAUGUGUCUUCUUUUGUUUCUGAGGUGUUUCCUUCAGCUCAGCCCACUCUGGGUCCGCUGUCUUUUGAGGACGUGGCGGUGUACUUCACGGAGGAAGAGUGUCCCGUCUUGAACGCAAGCCAGGUAGCCCUGCAACUGGAGGUCAUGGUGGAGAACUACCAAAACCUGAGCUUUUUAGGGAGGGGCGCACGGCAGAAGGAGGAUGAGUCCCAAAGAAUCUCCUUAAAAAGAGGCAGAUCCACCCAGGAGGAACCGCAGAGCGCGGGAACGGAGGAUCGGCCAAAGUGCUUGAGAUGGGAUGAAUUCUCUCUUUCCGAAAGCCCUGGUUUCCAAGGUGUAACAGUGCCUCCCCAAAGAUAUCCGGCGAAUACAUCUUUAGCUUCGGCAAGCAGGAACUUUCCUAAAACCCCAAUCCAGGGAAAACUAACCACGAGAAACACACCCUUGGUUUCGAAGAGCGUGAAUUCUCCUGAAACGCUCAACCAUGGGAAAUUAGCUCCAAAACCGAGAAUGAAUACGUGUCCCAUCUGUGGGAAAAGCUUCGCUCAUAAGUCUCUACUGCAUGAACAUGAAAAAAUCCACGCCAAGGAGAAACCUUUUAAAUGCUCCGAAUGUGGCAUAAGCUUCAGUCAGAUGGCAACCUUGACCUCUCACAAACGCAUCCACACGGGUGAGAAACCCUAUCAAUGCUCAUCGUGCGGAAAGAGUUUCAGUCACAGCAUAACUCUCCAUUCUCAUCGAAGGAGCCACAAAAUUUAAAAUUCAUGCAAGUGGCAAGAGCUGCAAUCAAAAUCCAAAGCUUCCCAGACUGGCGAAGAUUCAUGCAGGGCAGAAACUGAUGGGUAUAUGAGUUGUGGAAGUUAUCCACCUAAGCUUUAGGUAUAAACUCUUAACAAAUCUCUAUAAACCCUUUUUUUUUGGGUGGGGGGACAGCUGCCUGAAAUGUUGAUUUUGAUUCCCUCUACACCGGGGGUCGGCAACCUUAAACACUCAAAGAGCCACUUGGAUCCGCUUCCCACAGAAAACACUGGGAGCCACAAAACCCACGCGCACACACGCGUGCACGGGGGGGGCCUUGAUUGAAGAGUUUAAUUAAAAAGAAAUAGAGGCUGCUGUACAUGAGUUCUCCCUCUCCCUCCCUCUCUCCCCCUUCCCUCUUUCCCCCCCCCCUCUCUUUUCUCCCUCUC